AUGGAGGUGGAUCAGUUGCUACUCCAGCACCGAUGGUCAACUGCGGUAGUCUUGCUGCUUCUUGUCCCUGUCUUCACCUUCAUCACCACCUCACUCAUCUCAUGGGCGGGCUUCCACAGCAGGCGCGAAGGCCGUGAGCCUCCCUUGAAGCCAUACUGGAUACCACUGCUCGGGGAUUGGUAUGGGUUUAUCCUCCACCCAAAGAACCUCCUGGAGAGCGUCUGCCGUCGCUAUGGAAAUUAUACGUCUGUCACGGUUCGCCUGGGCCCGGCCAAGGCGUACAUCAUGCUCCAGCCCCAGACUUUUGCACCUCUGUUGAGAGAUUACAAGAAGUGUACCAACAAGAUGUUCUCGGUCUUGACCAUGCAACAGCUGUGUGGUACACCAAGACACGGACUCGGCAUCUACAAGAAUGAUAACAGCAGCAUUGGCGUCAACCCUCUCCCGGGCACGAAUGUUCCUCCCCACCUGCGCAUAUGGCGACACCAGCACGAGAGCAAUCAUCGCUUCCUACAGGGUGCCAAUCUCAAGGAGUUCCAUGAGCGCAUUGUUCAGAAUCUGUCCGCCGAGCUGGCGAGCGUGAACCCUUCGGACCCCAUCGACUCAGGCGAGUGGGCCACGCACUCGGAUUUCUACACCUGGUGGACGCACAAACUGAUGACGGCAUCCAUCACGGCCAUGUGCGGCCCGCAUAUGCUGCGCCUGAACCCGGAGUUCAUCGCCGACUUCUGGGUCUACAUGGAUGCGUGGCCGACCCUUUCCAAGUUCUAUCCACGGUGGCUAGCCCCAGCAGCGUAUACGGCGCGAGAUCGUGUGGUGAAGGCCAUCAUGGUCUGGCAUGCAUAUGCACGCCAACACUCGGAUUGCAGAGUGAAUGGGCCAACAGACCCCUCCUGGGAUGAGUACUGGGGAAGCACGUGGCUGAAGGUACGCCAGCAGUGGGGCCAAGACUCUGGGAAGAUGGACCACGAGGUCUUGGCCUGUGAGGAUCUUGCCUUGAUAGUCGCUGCGCACGCCAACGUCAUGCCCUCCUGCUUCUGGAACCUGGUAGAGAUCUACAGUGACCCAGACCUACUUGCACGACUUCAGCCCGUGCUGGACGCGUGCAUAGACAGAUCCCAAAGCGACAAUCGAGUUCCAAGUCUGCCGCUCCGUUUUGAUACCAAUCCAGCUCUCUCGUCACCGCUUGCCCAGUCCGUCUACGCCGAGGUACAGCGCAUGCGCGUCAGCAUGUUUCACAACCGUUCCCCAUCGUUGGUUGACUACAGGCUGGGCCCUUUUACUCUGCGCAAGGGUGCGCUCGUUAUGGUGCCGACUGCGGUGGCCUCCAACUGCACCGAGCUAUGGGGCAAGACACGGACGUCACGGCCGCUUGACGUGUUCUGGGCGGACCGGUUCCUUGUGAUGGAGAAGAAACAGGAGAGCGCCGGAGAAGAGACAUCAGAUAGUCCUCUGGUCCAAAAUGCCCUGAAGCCCGAGGAGGAGCCAGUGAGGUUCUCGACUGAAGGUCUUGACGGGGCCGCCUGGAUUCCCUAUGGAGGCGGUGCAUUUACUUGUCCUGGAAGGCACCUCGCCAAGCUAGAGAUUAUCAGCAGUGCUGCACUGUUUGCAGCAUAUUUCGAUCUGGAGCUCGUCAACGGCGUUCCACCCAUGGACGAUCGCUUCUUUGGGCUGGGGACGCAGCCCCCUAGAGGCAAGGUUCCUGUGCGGAUUCGACGUAAACUCGGUGCUCUCAAGCCUGCGGUGGUAUGA